AUGCUUGUUAUGGAUAACAGCAAGUGGCUGCAUGGAGAUAGUCCUUACUUGCCUUCUUGGACGCCUACGGCCCCAUGGGUAUCAUCUACCGCCAUCUCUGGAGCUAUCUGUCAGGAACAUGGAGCAACGCUCAUUUCGCUGUCGGUGCAAAAAGGUAAUGGUAAAAUAAAUAAUGCAAACGCUAAGAAUACACGGGCAAGUGACAGGCGGCCGACAAUUAAUAGCCAAGCGACCCACGAAUGGAUGGAAGGACUGCUUCCGGGAAGAGGAUUUGAUGUGAUCAUCGGUUUUGGUCCAGGAUGA